AUGUGGCGACGCGGCUCAGCGUUGCGGCAGCGUCUGGCACUUAGCGAAGAGGUUUCCGAGGCACUGUACGGACGCGUGAAGAAGCCUGUCGUAGCACUUGAAUCCACUAUUAUCUCGCAUGGUAUGCCGUUUCCUCAAAACUUGCACAUGGCUAAGCAUGUGGAGGAGAUUGUGCGGUCACACGGGGCAUGUCCUGCGACGAUCUGCAUUGCCGAUGGGAAGUUGAAAGUAGGACUUACUGAAAAAGAUCUAGUGCGGCUGGCAGAGCUCGGAGUGAAAGCUAAGAAAUGCUCGACAAGGGACAUUGCGGCCGCGGUCACGGAAAAGAAGAUGGUGGGCGCUACCACAGUCUCUAGUACAAUGCGGAUUGCCUAUGCAGCUGGUAUCAAAGUUUUUGUCACGGGAGGCAUUGGAGGAGUGCAUCGCUUUUGCGAGGAGACGAUGGAUAUUUCGACCGACUUAAUGGAGCUGUCGCGGACGCCUGUUGCGGUUGUUUGCGCUGGUGUCAAAUCUAUUCUUGAUAUCCCACGCACUUUGGAAUAUCUGGAGACUCAUAGUGUUCCGGUGAUCGGUUAUCAGACGGACCAAUUUCCCGCAUUUUUUACUCAAGAUAGCGGUGAAAAGGCUCAAUUGCGUUGUGAUACACCUGAAAACAUUGCACGCUUGAUAUUCGAAACUGAUGCGCUGGAAAUGUCUAAUGGCCAUCUUAUCGCCGUUCCGAAUCCAAAGCCUGUGCCUUCUAAGCUAAUCAAUGAUGCGAUUGAGCAUGGGUUGAAGGAAGUUCUAGACAAGAAGAUUCAUGGGCAGGCCGUCACACCUUAUCUGCUCAAGCGAGUGAAUGAGAUCACGCAGGGUCUCUCUCUCAAUUCGAAUAUUGAUUUAGUCAAUAACAACGCCACUGUCGGUAGUCAGAUUGCAUGCGCACUUUUUGAUUUGAUGGGCUCGACAUGCUAUAAUUCUGAAGCAGACGUUACGUACUCAUUACCGGAAAAGAAAGCAUCCGUUGCCAAAACUAGUAGCCAGAAGCGUGUGCUUGUUGUCGGCGGACUCGUGCUCGACAUAAUCAGCUCGUCUACAUCACGACUCAUUCACGGCACUUCUAAUAUUGGAACUAUAAAACAGUCAAGUGGAGGUGUCGGCAGGAAUAUUGCAGAAUGCUUACACCGGCUUCAGCUUGAGCCUUUGCUCGUGUCUACCGUCGGGAAUGACUCAUCAAGCUCGAUCCUUUUGGAAGAUUUGAAGAGGCUUGGAAUGGAUACUAGUGGUAUCACUGUUUCCGGCAACCUGUCUACGGCUGUAUGCUCAGCAAUCUUGGACUCUGGUGGAGACAUGGACGCUGCCAUUGCAGACAUGAGUGCGUUUGAGUCAAUUAACAGUGAGGCAAUCUCUGAUCAGGAUAUAGGAAACGCAAAGCUUGUGAUCGCAGAUGGAAACUUAUCAUCAAAUACAAUCGGAGACCUGUUUAUGCGAAGUUCUCGACUUGGUGUUGAUACUUGGUUUGAGCCAACUUCGGUUCAAAAAUCUGUCAGAGUUUUGAAAGGCAACGGUAUAACUUUUACAAAGUACAUGUCACCAAAUGUUGAUGAACUAUACGCGAUCAGUGACGCCGUACAAUCAAAUCUGAAGGACAAGAACGUUGGUGAAUUUUUUUUGAAAGCUCAGAAAAGUUUUGAUCUUCUAAGGAACUCAAGGUCUAUUUCAAUGUCGGAGAUGACCCGGCUUAAGAACAGUCUCAUUACAGUGCUUCUGGCUAUGGCCGAUGACGAUACCAAGAAGACUAGACACGUGCUCGUUACGAUGGGUAAGCAUGGCGUUCUCGUUGCUUCUAUCAACAUGGUUGCAAGCGAUCUACACGAAAUGGUCAAAGAAUGCGACUUCGAUGUCGAGAUAUGGGGCAUGCAAUAUGUUGAUAAAGUUCAUUUCGUCACAAUGGUCCACCUUCCUGGAUUCGAUAUUGCAGCGACGAAUUGCACAGGAGCAGGCGAUAGUAUGGUAGGUGGAACAGUGUAUGGUUUGCUGAAGGGACAUCAUAUUUUUCGAAGCUGCCACAUGGGCAUGAUCGCUGCUCGUGAAAGUCUAGUGUCUGAGCAUGCUAUUAGUCCAGACAUAUCACCUGAAAAACUAUGCAGGUAG